AUGGUUAAGCAGAAAGGGACUCCACCCGGGUCUGGUGAGAUUUCCAACGUGGAGUUUGAGCUGCAAGUUCAUCGGGAUCUCACCGCUUCUCAGAUCAGUGAGCUGCAUACGACCUUGAAUGUCUAUCAAGAGUCGUUCAACUCGUUUCGCCAGGAGAUGAUGACCGAGCUGCGAGCCAUCAGAGAUGCGACCCCCAGCACUGACCCAUCACAGUUGCAGUUUGGCACCUACCCUCCGGUGUCACCAUCCCUACGUCCUCGAAUGGAGCUAAGCUCGUCACAGAUGGCUCAGAUUCAAGCUUCAAUGGGUUCCACAGCUAGCACGCGCGCUCGUCCCGUCGUUUUCGGCUCUGGCUCCCACCGGGGCGGUGCGGAUGGUGACGUUUCAGUAGAGGACCAGGCUUUGGUACCUCAGAACACCACGUUGGUCACGGAUGCAAAUGGAGCACUCGUCUCCACAUCUACUAUGAAAGCUCACGUCGAGAAGGACAAGGGGUCAUCGAAGGAACCAACGAAAGUGACCACACCACCACAACCCACAGAACCCUCACAGCCCCAACAGUUUUUUCAACACUCCAACUUUGGCUUUUCACCUUUCAACUACACCUUGGGUCCUUUCGUAGGUGCACCACACCCUUCCCAGCCUACAGUCACUCUUACUGGCUCAGAUCUAGCACGGUUGAACCACUAUGAGCAGAGAACUGGGUCAACCAGCAAUUCUCAGGGUCCUAACCCUAGUUUUCAAAACCCUCUGCCAUCUCAGUUUUAUGGUAUUCCUCCAUACACCAACCCACCUCCUUCCGCCUACUACCCCUCCAAGCACGGCCCUUUCUAUCCGCCACCAUAUGGCCCUCCUUUCUACCAGUACCCUCCUCCAACUCCAACACAAAACCCACCUUCUCAACCUCAUAACCCAGAUCCAAAUCUUCCAACCAUGCGACAGAUAAAGCUCGAGUUACCCACUUUUGGUGGCGGAGACCCCGUCGAAUGGCUUAACCGCGCGGACCAAUACUUCUCUUUCUACCAAAUUCCUGAGGACUGGCGCCUUGCCAUUGCUGAGAUGCAUCUGGUGGAUAGAGCGUCAGACCGUUGGUUUAUGUUCCGCCACGAGUUCUCUAGUUCUUGGUCGGGUCUCACCGAGCUUUUGAUGCGUGAAUUUGGGGGUCAUAUUGUUUCUGAUUACCAAGCCUCAUUGGCUAGGUUAUCUCAAACAGGGAGUGUGGAUAGUUUCAUUGACCAAUUCACACGGUUAUCUCGUCGUGUCACAGGUUUCUCUCCGGCAGUGUUGGUAUCGUGUUUUAUUGGGGGUCUUCGAGAUAACAUCCGGGCUCAUGUUCGUGCACAACGUCCUCGCUCGUUGUUUGAUGCUUGUGAGCUUGCCAGAAUCUUCGAAGAACGUGAGACUAGCCUCCGUACCUCCAUGCGAGCUACAAUGGCUUACCGGGGCAACCAAGGACAACCCCCACGUAACGCACCGGCAGCGGUCCAACCGCGCGCUGCAGCUCCUCCCCCAGCAGUAGUGGGAGGUCCAGUAGGUGGUACCUGUAGACUAACACAAGCAGAGUACCAAGAGAGGCGGGCACGCAAUCAAUGCUUUUUCUGUGACGAGAUAUUUCGACCAGGUCAUAAUUGUCGUCGUGGUUUACCUUUGAUGGCAAUCGAGGUUAUUCCGGACGAAGUAGACAUCCCUGGUCCAGAACCAGUUGAGGAGUUGAAUGUCAUAGUAGAGGAAGAUCAAGGGUAUGAUGCCGUUAUUCAAUCAGUGGGAGAUGGCAGUGCAUCUACCAUGCAACUCAAAGGGCAGUGUAAUGCUAGAGGAGUCCAUGUUCUUAAUGAUUCUGGAGCCUCUCACAAUUUCCUACAUCCUGCAGUACUUAAGGGGAGCAAGGUUGAAGAUAAAUACCUUGCACGGCCUGUGAGAGUCCGCUUGGCUAGUGGAGAUGUCAUGCAAACUUCUCGGCAGGUACAAAUUGCUCUAACUUUACAGGGCUAUACAUUUUAUGUUGAUUACUAUGUUCUAUCAAUUUCUGGCAGUGAAGUUAUACUUGGGGCUGCAUGGCUAAAAACUUUGGGUGAUAUCAUUUGGAACUUCGAAAUUAUGAGGAUGAAAUUUGUGAAAGGGGGUGAUCUACAUGUGUUACAAGGGGAGACAGAGACCAAGGCUACUCUAGUUAGUUGUAAAUCAAUGUCUAGAAUACUCAAGAGAGAGAGGGAAGCUGUCUUUGUUCACUUGUACUCAUCCUCUGUGAACACACAUACCACUGAGGUGCAUCCCAAAGUGCAACACUUGUUGGAUAACUAUGCAGGGUUAUUUGAAGCCCCAACACAACUUCCACCAGCACGGCCUCAAGACCACAAGAUUACUUUGGGACCGAACAUAUCAGCGAUCAAUGUGAGGCCGUAUCGUUACCCACACUCACAAAAAGGAGAGAUUGAGAAGAUCAUAUCGGAGUUGCUUGACAAUGGGGUGAUACGCCCAAGCGUGAGUUCUUACUCUUCACCGGUGUUGUUGGUGAAAAAGAAAGAUGGUACAUGGCGACUAUGUGUGGAUUAUCGGGCGUUAAACGCUGCUACAAUCAAGGACAAGUUCCCUAUACCGGUUGUUGAUGAGUUACUAGAUGAAAUUCACGGAGCCACUAUCUUUACAAAAUUGGACCUCCGCUCCGGUUACCAUCAAAUACGGAUGUGUGAAGCCGACAUUCCAAAAACGGCCUUCCGUACUCACUCCGGGCAUUAUGAAUUCCUUGUCAUGCCUUUUGGAUUAACAAAUGCCCCAUCUACAUUCCAAGUGGUGAUGAAUGAUGUCUUGGGGGACUUCCUCCGAAAAUGCGCUCUUGUCUUCUUUGAUGAUAUCUUGAUUUAUAGUGCAAGUUUGGAAGAACAUCUACAACACUUGAAGUUGAUAUUUGAGCGCUUGCGGCAACACUCCCUCAAAGCAAAGGCAAGUAAGUGUAGUUUUGGGGUUAAGCAAGUGGAGUAUCUUGGCCACGUUAUUAGUGCUCAAGGUGUAGCGGUGGAUCCUUCCAAAAUCGAGUGUAUCAAGAUAUGGCCGCAACCUAAAACCUUGAAGCAAUUACGAGGGUUUUUGGGUCGUGCCGGUUACUACCGUAAGUAUGUGCAAGGAUUUGGCAUGAUAGCUAAGCCUCUCACCGACAUGCUCAAGAAGGACUCGUUCAAAUGGAGUGAGGAGGCCAUGGCAGCCUUUGAGGCAUUAAAACAUGCUUUGAUAUCUACUCCCGUGCUUGCGUUUCCCGAUUUUACCAAAGAGUUCGUAGUGGAAUGUGAUGCUUCCGAUAGAGGAAUUGGGGUGGUGUUAUCUCAAGAAGGUCACCCUAUAGCUUUCAUGAGCAAGGCCUUGGCUCAACGACACCUUGCUUUGUCGGUCUAUGACAAGGAAAUGCUAUCCGUUGUCACGGCGGUACAACAUUGGCGACCUUAUCUCUUGGGACACCAUUUCACCAUCUUCACAAAUCACCGCACUAUUGAACACUUUUUGGAGCAGCGAGUUACUACACCAGCCCAGCAAAAAUGGUUAUUGAAAUUAUUGGGGUAUGAUUAUUCUAUCAAGUAUAAAACAGGGAAAAGCAAUGUGGUGCCGGAUUCUCUUUCUCGCACAUUGUACUUGUCUCAAUUAUUGGGCGCUUCCUCUACGGUACCAACUAUUAUUCAAGAGAUAACAGAUGCUUGUACUAGUGACCCAAACACACAACAACUCAUGCAGGAGAUAACUAAAGACCCCACGGGUAAGAAGCAUUAUUCCAUUGUUAAUUCACAACUUCUCUACCGCGGUAGGCAGUAUGUUCCUUUAGUGGGUGAUUUGAGGCAAAGGGUCAUCGCAGAAUUACAUGGAGGUCUCGUAGGGGGCCAUGUCGGUAGGGCUAGAACUUGCAAAAGAAUAUUAAGAAGCUUUGCUUGGCCACACUUGAACAAAGAAGUGAAAAAGUAUGUGACAGAGUGUGAAGAGUGCCAGAGGAAUCACGCAGAGAACAUCAAACCGCCAGGGUUAUUACAGCCACUCCCCAUUCCUGACCAAGCAUGGAAGGAAAUAUCCAUGGACUUCAUUGAGGGUUUGCCUAAAGUGGAGGGCAAGACUGUGAUAUGGGUGGUGAUUGAUCGAUUGACAAAAUAUGGCCACUUCAUCCCUCUCGCACACCCCUACACCGCUGCUUCAUUAGCCCAAGUAUUUGUGCAAGAGAUUUUCAGGUUACAUGGUCAACCAGUGAACAUCACUUCGGAUCGAGAUCCCACCUUCAUGAGCCUAUUUUGGGAAGCUUUUUUCAAGCUGCAGGGUACCAAACUCAGCCGCUCUAUGGCCUACCACCCCCAAAGUGAUGGACAGACUGAAAAUCUAAACAAGACAGUGGAGCAAUUUCUGCGUUACACAGUUGGUGACAAGCCUCAGUUGUGGGUCCAAGCUCUGCCGUGGGCUGAGUAUUGGUAUAAUACCUCAUACCAUUCUUCUCUGGGUAUGACACCAUUUGAGGCCUUGUAUGGUUACCUCCCACCACCCAUUGUUCCAUAUUUACCCGGCUCUACAUCAGUGGCUCAGGUUGACCAGCAGCUCCAAAACAGAGACCAACUUUUGGCUCUCUUGAAACAAAAUUUGAAACGAGCUCAACACAGGCAGAAGCAUUACUAUGACUUGAAGCAUACUGAAAGAUCUUUUCAAGUUGGUGACAUGGUUUUUCUGAAGCUUCAGAGGCACAAGCAACACUCCAUGCCUUCACAUACCUUCCACAAGCUCUCAGCCAAGUAUUAUGGCCCGUUCAAAGUCCUUGAGAGAAUUGGUUCUGUGGCUUACAAGCUUGAACUCCAUGCAUCCGCCACUAUUCAUGACGUCUUUCAUGUAUCUUUGUUGAAGAAAAAACUGGGCCAAUCUGCAAGUGUGGAACCAAACUUACCUCCUAUGGCUUCUGUUAAAGCUUCGUGGGUUCCAUCCAGGAUUAUUGAGCGCCGUUUGAUCAAACGCAGGGGCAAGGCUGUUGUGGAGUGGUUGAUUCUGUGGCGCGGGGCUAACCUGGAAGAGGCAACUUGGGAGGAGGCCAAUUAUAUCGAGCAGCAGUUUCCCGACUUCAACACAAAUGCUUGA